CUGGCAAGGAAAGGGUCGGGCUGCGGGGGAGGCGUGGCCGAGCCGAGCCGAGGAGUUAAAAUGCCCCUCCAGCGAAGCAGGGAGGACAGAGCCUGACAGUUCGUCAGUCCAGAUGGGUGGCAAGAAAGUUUGCAUCGUGGGCUCCGGCAACUGGGGCUCGGCUAUCGCCAAGAUUGUGGGCAGCAAUGCAGCCCAACUGGACAAGUUUGACACCACAGUCAACAUGUGGGUGUUUGAGGAAGAGAUCGGUGGCAAGAAACUCACGGAGAUCAUCAACACGCAGCAUGAGAACGUCAAAUACCUGCCAGGCCACAAGCUGCCACCUAAUGUGGUGGCGGUACCAGAUGUGUUGAAGGCUUCAGCUGAUGCCGACAUUCUCAUCUUCGUAGUGCCACAUCAGUUCAUCGGGAAACUCUGUGACCAGCUGAAAGGCCACAUCAAGAAGGAAGCCAUAGGUAUCUCGCUCAUCAAGGGCGUCGAUGAAGGCCCAGAUGGGCUGAAGCUGAUAUCGGACAUCAUCCGUGAGCAACUGGGCAUCGAGAUGAGUGUGCUAAUGGGGGCCAACAUUGCCAAUGAAGUGGCAGAGGAGAAGUUCUGUGAGACUACCAUUGGCAGCAAGAACUUAGCGCAUGGACAGAUCCUGAAGGAGCUGAUGCAGUCACCCAAUUUCCGAAUCACGGUGGUGCAAGAGGCAGACACUGUAGAGAUCUGUGGUGCUCUCAAGAACGUGGUGGCGGUUGGCGCUGGUUUCUGCGAUGGGCUGGGCUAUGGAGACAAUACCAAAGCAGCUGUGAUCCGCCUGGGCCUGAUGGAGAUGAUUGGCUUUGCCAAACUCUUCUGCAAGGGCGCCGUCACUUCCGCCACUUUCCUGGAGAGCUGCGGGGUUGCCGACCUCAUCACCACCUGCUAUGGGGGCCGUAAUCGCAAAGUGGCCGAGGCGUUUGCCAAGACAGGCAAGUCUAUUGAGCAACUGGAGAAGGAGAUGCUUAAUGGGCAAAAACUGCAGGGCCCUCAGACAUCAGCAGAGCUGCACCACAUCCUCAAGCACAAGAACCUGGUGGACAAGUUCCCACUCUUCACGGCUGUCUACCAGAUCUGCUACGAAGGCAAACCUGCCUCUGACUUUAUCACGUGCCUGCAAAACCAUCCUGAGCACCUGUGAUUGGCCUCCAGCCUUGCCUCCCUAAGGAAGGAGUAGGAAGAGGAUCUCCCCAUCUGCCUCAUUACUCCAGUCCCAUCAUGAGGAGAGGGAACCAACACAAUGCAUGAGCGAGCAGGGACUCACUGUGGAGUUACUGGAUCAGCUCUCUGAAUAGGGAGUCCCUGCCACUUACCUGUCACUGCCUCCGACAGCCACCAAGUUGCCUGAUCUGAUCCAGUCUCCCCCUUGGCUACUUUAAUCUGGCCUUAAAGGAGAAAGUAGGGAAUUGCAAAUUCCUAAUUUUAUUCCAGGCCUGGAGCCUAACAUUGCUUCUACACUAAAGGCUCUUAGUACUGCUAAGGUAUAGUUUUCUGCAGACAACAGAAGCAGAAUCAAACCACUAGUCCCACAUGGCGCUUAGCAUAACACUAUAUUAUCUAGCAGUGCUCUUCGGUAUUGCCAGGAUCCUUCUGUAAUGUUUACUCAUGAGUAAGUGCAUUUUAAUACCACAGUCCCUUGCAUUAUUCAUCAGUAGCAUCCUCCUUGCCAAUUCUGACCCUUUUAUUGCUUCCUGUUCAGUAUGCCUGGGAAGUAGUGAGUGACUGCCCCUUAGUGAGCUUCUGCUUCUAGAAAGGGGGGAGGGAGUUGUUAAUUACUGGUUUGCUUUUAAACAAAAUAGUGCUAACUUACUGUUUAAAAAAAAAAAACACUGCAAAGAAACCAAUAACUAAAGCCCCUUCUUGGAGGGGAAUAGAAGCAAACUUACUAAGGGUGGUGAUGGGGCGGGGGGGCUGCCCAUAAUUCUGCUGCUAUACUGAACAGGAAAUAAUGAAAGGGGAAACAAUAAAACAAGAAUCUGCAAAAGUUGCUUUUACUUAAAGAUACAGCUGCCCUUAAUCUCCAGAACACUUCGCUAGCCCACACCAGACAGUCUGGUGCUAUAAUUGUUGGGUAAUACUGCCCCCAGCCAGAAAACCAGGCCUGAAGACAACAUGGGAAAGAACUCACCAAACCUGAAAAUGCAACAAUCUGCAACAGCAUCGUCUGGAUUCUCUGUAAAAAGUGAGUGAAUUGAAAAUGGCAACUUGAGAGAAAAGAGAUAAUGUAGAAGCAAACUAAGAAGCAUCAGCUACAGUUACAAUUAGCAACUAGUGCUGGCUUCUCUCUCUAGACAGGGCUUGACCUCAGCUUCCCUGGUAUCCAUGGGAAUUCUAACCAUGAAUGUGAAUAUUGUAUUUUGGAAGAAUAAAUAUAAAGGUGAGAAAUGAAACUCUUCUUACCAUGAAGUUCAA